GAGCUCAACAAAGUCAUUGCUGUAACAUUGUGUGAAGAGACCAGAAGAGGGGAAAUACAAUCUGAGAACUAAACUGCCAAAGCCUAACACCACCUAGCAACAGUUGAAAAAACUUUUAAACAAAAGUCUGGGUGAGACACAGACAGAGUAUACCUCCUACUUCUCCUGCCUGGGAUUUCUGCGAGAAGCAGCUCCGGUCUUCUGUUCUCUACCCCAUUUCCUUCAUUACUUCAGCUGCUGGUAGACCUAGAAAAGUGGGAAAAGUUUCUCUCUUUGUGUUCUCCUGGGCUGGAUCAGACUACUGCUGUGGUAGUGCUGUGGGACAAGCUACUGCAGUCUUGGGGUGUAAAGGAUAUAUUCAUAGGUUCGUGCUGCUGACAGGGAGCAGCAGGGACCCCCAGUCAGCCUCAGGUGGGAGCAGCAGAGCAAUGGCACAGGGACACCUCCACCCUCGACUCCCUCCUCUCCCCUCCGGACCUAGAUUCUAGCGAAGCCCCUGCUCUGGAAGCAUCCCUCAACACAGGUAGGGAUGAGAUCCCGAAACCAAGGUGGAGAAAGCUCGUCUAACGGGCACUUCUCCAGUUCCAAGCCUGUCAUCAGCCAUGCAGAGAAUGAAAAACUUCAGGAGGAUGCCAAGAAAAAGAACAAACCUCAUCAGAAGGAAGAUGAGGUCAUGGUUUCAGCAACUGUCAAACGGCACUCAAAAUCACCUGGACCUACCGAACGAAAGAACAAGAAGUCCAUAGAGCUUUCUAAAGAGGACUUGAUAAAACUCCUCAGUAUAAUGGAAGGAGAACUGCAGGCAAGGGAGGAUGUGAUCCACAUGCUGAAGACAGAGAAAACCAAACCUGAAGUUUUAGAAGCUCAUUAUGGGUCUGCAGCUCCAGAGAACGUGCUCCGAGUGCUACACAGGGACGCCAUCCUUGCCCAAGAAAAGUCUAUAAGGGAAGACGUGUAUGAGAAACCAAUUUCAGAGCUGGACAGACUUGAGGAAAAGCAGAAAGAGACGUAUCGGCGCAUGCUGGAACAGCUCCUGUUGGCAGAAAAGUGCCAUCGCCGCACAGUUUAUGAGCUAGAAAAUGAGAAACAUAAACAUACAGAUUACAUGAACAAGAGCGAUGACUUUACCAACCUCUUGGAACAGGAGCGGGAGAGGUUGAAGAAACUUCUUGAGCAGGAGAAGAUCUAUCAAGCCCGGAAGGAGAAGGAACACACAAAGAGACUCAAUAAACUAAGAGAAGAACUAGUCAAGCUCAAAUCAUUUGCACUCAUGCUGGUGGAUGAAAGACAAAUGCAUAUUGAACAACUUAGUCAACAAAGUCAGAAAAUACAGGACUUAAACCAAAAAUUAAAGGAAGAAGAAGAAAAGCUUAAAAUUAUUAGUGCAAAAACAAAAGAAGAUGGACAAAAACUGAUGAAGUUAGAGGCAGAACUGGAACACAAAACAUCAUCAUUUUCUCAAGAACAUGAGGAGAUGACUGCUAAACUGGCUAAUCAAGAGUCACAUAAUAGACAGCUAAGACUUAAGCUAGUGGGGUUGACUCGCAGAAUAGAGGAGCUAGAAGAAACUAACAAAAAUCUUCAAAAAGCUGAGGAGGAACUCCAAGAACUAAGAGAUAAAAUAGCGAAAGGGGAAUGUGGGAACUCUAGCUUAAUGGCAGAAGUAGAAAACCUCCGCAAGUGUGUGCUCGAAAUGGAGGGGAAAGAUGAAGAGAUCACAAAAACUGAAUCCCAGUGUAAAGAGCUGAAAAAUAAACUGCAAGAGGAAGAGCACCAUAGCAAAGAGCUGAAACUUGAAGUGGAGAAAUUGCAGAAAAGAAUGUCAGAACUAGAGAAGCUGGAAGAGGCUUUCAGUAAAAGUAAGUCCGAAUGCACCCAGCUACACUUAAACUUGGAGAAAGAAAAGAAUUUGACUAAGGAUUUGAUAAAUGAGUUGGAAGUGGUGAAGACUCGAGUGAAAGACCUUGAGGCAUCAGAAAGCAAGUUGGAAAAGGCUGAAAUAAGCUUAAAAGAUGACCUUACAAAGCUGAAGUCAUUUACAGUAAUGUUGGUUGAUGAACGAAAAAAUAUGAUGGAAAAAAUAAAACAGGAGGAAAAAAAGGUUGAGGGUCUAAACAAGAAUUUUAAAGUUGAACAAGGGAAAGUUAUGGAUGUAACAGAGAAACUGAUAGAAGAAAGUAAGAAAUUUUUGAAACUGAAAUCUGAAAUGGAGGAGAAAGUGUCUAGUUUGACAAAGGAAAGGGAUGAGUUAAUUGGCAGACUCAGAAGUGAAGAAGAAAAAUCCUCUGAACUAAGCUGUAGAGUUGAUCUGUUAAAGAAAAGAAUCGAUGGUAUGGAGGAAGUAGAAAGAGAAAUUACAAGAGGUCGAACCAGGAAAGGACCAGAGCAUGGUUGUCAUGAGGACAACAAGAUUAAAGAACUUACCAUUGAAAUUGAAAGACUGAAGAAACGUCUCAAACAAUUGGAAGUGGUUGAAGGAGAUUUGAUGAAGACAGAAGAUGAAUAUGAUCAGCUAGAGCAGAAAUUUAGGACAGAGCAGGAUAAAGCUAACUUUCUUUCUCAACAGCUGGAGGAGAUGAAACUCCAGAUUGCCAAAACCAAAGCAAUAGAAAAAGGUGAAGCAGUGAGCCAGGAGGCAGAGCUGAGGCACAGGUUUCGUCUGGAAGAGGCCAAAAGCAGAGAUUUGAUAGCAGAAGUUCAAGCUCUUAAGGAAAAAAUCCAUGAGCUGAUGAACAAAGAAGACCAGCUUUCUCAGCUCCAAGUCGAUUAUUCGGUUCUGCAGCAAAGGUUUAUGGAAGAAGAAAACAAAAACAAGAGCAUGGGGCAGGAAGUUCUGAACCUAACAAGAGAGCUGGAGCUUUCUAAGCGUUACAGCCGUGCUCUGAGGCCCAGCAUAAAUGGACGAAGAAUGGUCGAUGUUCCCGUGACGUCCACCGGCGUGCAAACAGAUGCUGUAAGUAGCGAAGCAGCAGAAGAAGAAACUCCAGCAGUGUUUAUAAGGAAAUCCUUCCAGGAGGAGAAUCACAUCAUGAGCAAUCUGCGACAGGUAGGUCUGAAAAAACCCAUGGAGCGUUCUUCAGUGCUUGAGAGAUAUCCUCCAGCAGCGAAUGAACUUGCAAUGAGGAAAUCUUGGAUACCAUGGAUGAGAAAGAGGGAAACUGGGGCUCAGGCAACUCCUGAUAAAGGAGCCCGAACCCAUGGUAGUCCAGCGCAUCCCGGGGAGGUUGUCCUUUCACCAAAGCAGGGUCAACCUCUUCAUAUUCGGGUGACACCAGACCACGAGAACAGCACAGCUACUUUGGAGAUAACCAGUCCAACCUCAGAGGAAUUUUUUUCAAGUACCACUGUCAUUCCUACUUUGGGAAAUCAGAAGCCACGAAUAACCAUCAUUCCUUCUCCAAACGUUAUGCCACAAAAGGGAAAAGGCAGUGAAAGCCCCAUGGGUCCAGAUCGUUCUAUGUCUCCAGUCACUAUAACAACAUUCUCCAGGGAAAAGUCCCCAGAGGGAGGGAGAGCACCCUUUGCCGACAGACCUACAUCGCCAAUUCAGAUUAUGACAGUAUCAACAUCCGCAGCACCGGCAGAAAUCUCUGUCUCCCCGCAAUCACAAGAUAUGACCAUGGGAAGGGCCGUCUUCAAAGUAACACCAGAAAAACAAACAGUCCCGACUCCAAUCCGCAAGUACAAUGCCAACGCCAACAUUAUUACGACAGAAGACAACAAGAUCCACAUCCACUUGGGUUCCCAGUUUAAACGCUCUCCCAGUGCUGCACCCGAUGGUGCGAGUCCUGUGAUAACAGUCAGACCAGUGAACAUAGCAGCAGAGAAAGAAGUUGUGACCGGUACCGUCCUUCGAUCGCCCCGGAACAACCUGUCCUCGCGACCGGCAGCAAGCAAGGUGACAAGUACUAUCACUAUAACGCCUGUUACAACGUCUUCCACCCGAGGAACACAGUCAGUGACAGGACAGGAUGGGUCAUCCCCGAGACCUACACCCACCCGCAUUCCUGUGUCAAAAGGUAUGAAAGCAGGAAAGCCAGUAGUGACAGCCCCAGGAGCAGGAAAUGUGACAAAAUUCGAGCCUCGUGCCGAGACUCAGUCUAUGAAAAUAGAACUGAAGAAAUCUUCAGCCAGCAGCUCUACCUCCCUGGGCGGGGGUCAGGGCUGAUGGCGAUGGCUCAGGGGGAGGAAGACUGAUUCAGAAACCUGCUGUAGUCUUGCUGUUCAUUCAGUGACUGAGCCUUUACAAGGAGCAUGAUAUUUUUCUGCUACCCAUUUAGUUUUUAGAAUUUCGUAUCUAAACUCCGUAUUAAUAUAUAAAGUGCAUACUGAAUUUAAGAAAAAAAUUGUUCCAUAUGGAGUUCAUGUGACUCCCCUUGAAGUUAAUGGGAGAGUUCGCCUGAGGUUACAAUCUGAUAUUAAGUAAAUGCAGCUUUUUACAUCAUAUACCGCAAGAGCUUGAAGUUAGACAACAGCACUGGUUAUAAGGUAAAAUCUUACUGUAGUUUGUGGUUCUUUCACAUUCAGUGCGUACAUUUGGUACAACUGGUAUACAUAUCUUGUUGAAAAUCAUUUGUUAUUGAUAAAUGAUAUGGAAAAGAAAUACUUUCUAUUUGGGAAAUCCUAUUAGUUCAUUUGCCUUAACAUAUUUUCUUGCAUGUUUCCUGAGCCCUGCUUUUGUGAUUCACUAUGUAUGAAGAGCAUCGCUGGAAUCUGCCAUCUAGUGGCAAAGUUCUGGCAUUAAGAGUACAUGGAAAACAUUUUGAUUUUUCUUUCUUCUUACAAUGGAACUUAACCAAACAUCUUGCAAAUAUUAGUUAGGAAGCAGACAAAGGCAGAAGUCAAUAAAAAUCUAAAAGGGAAUAAUGACGGGAUUAGUGUCAUUUCUUGGGUCAUGUAAAUUUUGAAAAAUCUUCAGACGAUUAGGAAGGAAUCUUAAGAAAAAUAAUUUCGAUUAAGAAAAUGAGUAUUUCUGAAAAUGUAUAAUUGUAUGUUUCGAGUUAGCAUUGGUACAGUUAUAUUAUUUGAAAUGCAUAAAAUACACCUUUUCAGAGAAAAAUGUCAUUGAUAGCUAAAUUCCUAUAUUAACAAAGUUGCCUGCAAGAGCAGUAUAUAUAGAUAGAAGAACAUAAGACCAGGUCAUUAGUAUUUCAGAAGAGCCCAGAGAUUAAUCAGGAUCAGAGAUCUACAUUACACGCAGGACAAAGUUAAACCCAGCCUUUCAAAGACAAUGCCAAGUCUUAGUUUUGCACGCUGUGGCUGAAAUUUAUCCCUAUUGAAGUCAUUAGCAAAAUUCAAGCAGACUUGCUGAAUAAAACCAGCAUAGGUUUCUAAGCCAUAUUUAAGUAAAAAAUGAGGAAUGACCCCAUACGUCUUCCUCAUCCCCUUUUCAGAAUUGUCAGCAGAUCCAUGAUGGAUUUGCGUAAACAGGAUACAGGAGACCCAACUCCAAGUCUUCCUCUACCUGAUUCUGGCGUGGGACUGGAGCAUUGGUGUCCCUGUGGUUUAAUCCAUUCAACUGUAUUAUUCUUUUUCCCCGUGGACGACCCAAUGAUGGUCCUGCCAUUGAAGUGGAAGCCAAGGGCCUCUGAGCCCUAGCCUGGUACUAAUUUGGUUUCCCUUUGUAGCAUUAGCCAGGACAGUUUUUAUUAACCAGUGAUGUGAGAGUAAGUCUGUGAGACAUUUCUAGAAGAAAAAUGCUUUGCACUGCCAUUGUAAUUGUUCUUCUUUAAAGUAACUUGUAAUGUAUUUGCAGUUUCAUAAAACCAAAUGUUUUGCUAUCUUUUC